AUGCUCAGCCAGUCUGCAACCACGCUCCUCGCCUUGUUGUCAGGUGUCACUGCAGCAGCGUCCCUUUCCAGGCAGGCCAAAACGUGCACCGUGAAAUCUGGCGGCAGCAAUGCGACUGACGAUGCUCCUGCAAUAAUUGAAGCGUUCCGGGAGUGUGGACAAGAUGCCACGGUCAUAUUUGAGCCCACGACCUACCACGUCAAUUCGGUGAUGAAUAUCACCUGGCUGCAAAAUGUCAAAAUAGACCUCCAGGGGACCCUCUCAUGGGGAACGAAUAUCUCGUACUGGCUGAACAAUUCGAUGCCAGUAGGCUAUCAGAACCAGUCGACCGCCUUCAUCUUGGGCGGGGACGGGAUCACUUUCGAAGGGCACGGACACGGCACUUUCGAUGGCAAUGGUGAUGAUUGGUACCGUUUCAUUCGAGAGCAGCCGAACACGUCCAACUACCCAGGCCGGCCGCACGCGAUCACGUUCAAUGGCUUGACAAACUCUGUGUUCCGAGGCGUGAGUUUCUUGAGAAGUCAAAUGUGCCACAACAACACCUUUGACAGCAUUUUCGUCAACAACACCGGAAAUACCGUACAGAGCUCGAACACGGAUGGUGCCGACACAUUCUUCUCUUCCAAUAUCAGAUUCAACAAUUGGACCGUCUACAAUGCGGACGACAGCAUUUCCAUGAAGGCCAACAGCACCGAUGUCAGUGUCACCAACUCCAAGUUCCACAAUGGCUUGGGCAUCGCUCUGGGCAGCAUUGGGCAGUACAAAGGCGCGUAUGAAACGAUUGAGAGGCUGCACUUCGAGAACAUUUCGUUUUUCAACACUCUGCACGCGAACGGGUACCCACCAAAUGGCGGCGGCGGCGGUCUCGGCUUCGCAUCAGACGUGCACGCCAACAAUCUCGAGAUGGAAGGCAUCCGCGGUGGUGCUUUCACCAUCUCCCAGUGCACGCGAUUCUCAGGCGCGCCGGGGACAGGCAACUGCACAAACUCGCAGUUCCAGAUUCGGAACCUCGAGGUCCGAAACGCGCGCGGAACUACGAAGAACAAGAACGUGGCCAGUUUCCAGUGCAGUGCCGUCGCGCCGUGCACUGAUAUUGGACUUUACGACAUUGACGUGAGGUUUACCAACGGGACCGCAGCAGCGGGCUACCUGUGUGGCAAUCUCGUGAACCCAGAGGGCUUCGAGUGCACCGGGCCGCCGUGCGUUGGUGGUAGUGCAACUGGAGGAUGUUAG